AUGUCAGCUCCGGAAAAUAGCCCAUCAGCUCCAGCUGCCUCGCGUUCUAGGCACAGACGCCGUGGGAGAGGCCCCGCCAACCGUGGAGGUCAACAGGAUACGCCCGCCACCUUAACGAACGAGCAAUCUGCUCCACAAACAUCGCAACAUCAGUCGAACGCCAAUCACGCUCACGAAGAUCAAACAAGGAAGGCAGAGGAUCUGGACGACGAGGAGGGCGGGGCAAUGGAAUUCGACGAGCUGGGCAAGGACAGACUGCAGACCAAAACGAGGAAUCACAACAACUUCAGUCUCGUGCCAUGCGUGCUCGAGGCUUUGGGGCUCGUUUGA